AUGAGUGGUACGAAGGAGGCCGGGGGUGCCGCCCCGCACCACGGAAGGUGUGGUGAAGUGAAGGAGUUUGCUUCCGCGGCGCGCUACAUUCCCAUGCCCGAGUCGCUCUGGGCGCUGCGCCAUCGCUUUCCAAAUGUCACGCGAUCGGUCCUUCUACAGUGCGUGCGGUGCCAUCGGUGGGUGGCGCAGCCCGUCACGACGCAUCCCCCGGACGAGGUCCCGACGUGUCCAACACGGUUAGAGAAGCUGGCGUCAAGGCCCAAAACUGAUCGCCGUCAGCGGCCGCCGACGGAGGAAGGCGCGCCAAAGGAGGAGUGGCGGUCUCCCCGACUUCACCGGCACUACGAGAAGGUGAUGGAGGUUGUCAAGCCAGCGAAACUGCGGGGUCAGGAGGAGCCGAAGGAGGUUAACGCAUAUUAUAUACCGAACCCCGCUAACUUCACCUGUCAGUGGGUUUACUGUGCCCUCGAAGACGCAUGGACGGAUUUGCGGGAGCAAUGGCUGGGGGAGUUGUACGCCACCUUGGACGGGGUCAGGGGAGAAGAGGAAGGCGGCAGCAGCAAUAGCAGCAAGGGUGCACGCCUGCGAUGUACGCAGCAGUCUCCUAAGGAUCAACUGAACGAGGAAUUGGUAAAAGAGCUCCAUGGAAAGCGUAGUGAGCGUCUGGCGCGGAAACCGCAUAACGGAAUGGAUAACAAACACGAGAAGAGUGAAACUCAUGGAAUUGCGGCAGAAGUUUUGCUCAAUGGGCGCCUUGCGCAGCAAGUGGGCGCACUCAUACACCACGAUGAGGUCGUGGUUGCCUCUUUCUGUUGGAUCAGUUGUGACCGCUGUGGGAAGUUACGACGUGUACAUCAACCCUUUCCUGGUGGUGCACCUUUUGUUUGCGCGCUGGCAUUAAAUAUUGGCUCAUGCAGUGUGCCAGAGCAGGAAGGAUUGGGUCCUGUCUUUUGCGGUCAGGCGGAUCAAGUUUCCGAGAGCGACAGGACCGAAGGUAUUGUGGGUGAUCUAGCCCUUCGUGACGUCGUUGGAGCAGAGGUCUCUGCGGCCUCUGCUACUGCGGUUGCCGCGUCCCCCAGUGACAACGCUGGAAAUGGGGCCACCAAGACGAUGGCUAGUAGUGGUCGCCGAGUUGGUCGAAGCCCCAUCGUGGGAUCAACUUCGGUGUGUAAAGGCAGUGCUUCCGUGAAGGUGGCUCUCCCGCUUCUUCGUGAACUCACAGCAGCGCUGCGUAAAAGGGCUCUCGGGGCCUUUGUAAAGAAUAUCCUGACUGUCCCGGAGGAGGUCCGCGCAAAGCGUGAGAGCGUCGUGCGGGCCUCAAUUGUUGUUGCGGAGGGCUUGAAGCACGCCGACUCCGUUUCGCCCAAACGUGAAGAGCGAGGGGGGGAUUCGCCGGAUGCGCUGAGGAGCACUUUGCCGCCGGAGAGCAGAAAUCAACCCCGUCAAGCGGAGAAGGGGGAAGAGAAGAGGGAAGCUGUGGGGCAGCAAAGCCUUGCCGUGGUUCCUGCCGAAACGAGCACCCGCGUGGCCCAAGUGCCUUGCAAGGAGGAGGCCCCCCGUCGUUGCCGACGACUCGGUUGUCCGCCGCGGCGAAUGAGGGCGGAGGCACGCGAGGAGGGUGCCCAGACGCGAGUGGAUUCCGGGCCAUUGCCGCCGAUUGAAGACAUUCGUCCAGAAGAAACGAGCGAGCGGACCUCCGCCGUAAGGUUAGAGGCGGUGGAGACGCCUCCCGCGGCAGCCGCUGACCCUGGUUGCACCGAUGCUUCGCUGAACGGCGCCCGUGUGAAGCGGGAGGCGUCGGCUCCCGCACCCGCGGAGCCCGUGGCAAGGGCAGCGGAGGCUCCGAGUAAGGGAUGUCUCCCCAAAAAGGUGUCUGGAAGAAAACGCACGAGACCGCCAAAGACGGAAGACGCCCAGCAGAAUAUUGAUGCCAGCGAUGAUGUUGAUAACACAAGAGGGAUCCGGGGUGCAAAACCCCGUGGCGUUCUUGGUCGUGUGGAGGAUGACGCCACAAAGAAAGCCUUGAAUGAAGAGGAGGUGGAGAUCAUUCAUUGGGUGUGUUGUGAUUUAUGCGAUAAGUGGCGUAUUGUCCCCGAGAAGAUAUCAGAGGGCACGUCUUACUGGCACUGUGAGAUGCGUGCGGAUGGAACGACGUGCAGUGACACAGACGAUGAGGUUCGCAUGAAACGGUCGGAGAGGCGCGGACGAAAACGCAAGAAGCAAAACAAACGGGGCGACGGUUAG